AUGCGUUACUUCCAUAAGUCCAUGAACAAGUUCCACUGCCCACACAUCAACCUUAACGAGCUCUGGUCGCUGGUUCCCGCUGACGUUAAGGAGAAGGCUAGCGGCGCCGGAUCCGCUCCCGUGCUCGAUGUGACCAAGUUCGGGUUCUUCAAGGUGCUCGGUGCCGGCGAGCUGCCAUCGCAGCCGUUGAUCGUGAAGGCGAAGCUGUUCAGCAAGCUGGCGGAGCGGCGGAUCAAGGAGGCCGGCGGGUACAACCCUUUCUUCUGCCCCCCUUGUUUCUCCCGUUCCACCAACGCGUUGGCGAAUUACCGGGACAGAUUCUCGGACGACGAAUUUGAUCCUGAAUCAGGAGGAGGAGAAAGAGCUGGGGAACUUGGGGAUUGGGACGACAGCAGAAGCUCGGAUGACAUCAGCAUGGGAAUCACAAGGGGCGUCAGCCUGGGUGGCAUUGGUAGCACAAUGGACGAGGAAGAUGACUGGAGGGAGGAAACUGCUGCAUCUCUGCAGGGUUACCGAUACCAGUAUGACAAUACAGGGGAGCAGGAAGAGAACUUUCACAAUAUGCCUGGUGUUUCGGCUCGUGAUGCUGGUGCUGGAGGGGAGGGAGAGGACUUUGAUGAAUUUCAGCAGGGUGCUGGUGGUCAGGCGUCCACGCUGGCAGCACGAGGUGUUGAUGAGAGAGGGGUGAGUAGAGCAGACACGCAGGGCCAUGGCAAGCCGGUUGCAGAACAAUACGAGGACAGUGAUCAGGUAUUCACUCUGGAAGCAGCAGCAGUUGUUGACAACAAAGAACCAGGCAGAUUGGACCAUGACCAGAUGGUUAGACAAAGAAGCGAGAGUGGUGGUAGUGAGCCAGCAUUGCCUGCGCACAUUGACACCUGGAGCCUUCAAGAGAAUCCUCUGAAUGUCUCUGUUGAAUGA